AAUUCCACGGUGCAGAAGAAGCUGUCGUGCUUGUGUUUUGCUUUGGCUUUUUUGUUGUUAUUUCGCGUUGUUGGUCCAGCUGAGCUCCGUGAGGAAAGCGAGUCUGCAUCGGCCGUGUUUUUUCGUGGGUUUCUUGAGGACUGUCAGUCCAGUACCUCGCACAUAGAGGGCUCCUUUAGAUCGUCUGCAGAGGGCUGAGGACCGUAAAGGUGCAAUAGAGCAUUUGUUUUGUGUUGCCAUGGACAAGGAUUGGCAGGUGGAGUUUAGAAACGUGGGCUGCAGCUACUUUCCUGAGAGCAGAGUCGACUGCCACUACACGCUGAGCUCACGGCACAUAUGGGCCAGUAAUGAUUGGAUAGGGCUCUUCAAGGAGGGAUGGACAUCAGUAAAGGACUACCACACCUUUGUAUGGGCGCUAGCCCCGGCUGACUACCAAGAGGGCACAGAUGUCAACUGCUGUGUUCAGUUUCAGGCUUCCUACCUACCCAAGCCCAGCUCCCAGGAGUAUGAGUUCGUAUAUAUUGAUGCUAAAGGGAAGGUGUGCUCUCGCAGCUCUAAAUUCACUUUUUGUGCACCAAAGCCACUUGAGGAUCUGGUGACCCUUGAGGAAGACUCACAUGGAGAGGAGGCAGGCACAGACAUGCUGCUGGUAGUCCCCAGGGCUGAGCUGCUGCAGAAUCGACUGCAGGAAUGUCUGCGAGAGCGCGCUGAGCUGUUGCAGGUGCAGGAGGCGGUUAAAGAGCAAAGAGAGAAAGAGAAGGAGGAGUACAAGCGAGCGAAAGAGGCCUGGGACAGAAGACGCAAAGAGCUGGAGGGUGAUAUCGCCAGGCUUCAGAAAGAGCUGAAACAAACUCUAGAGAAGCUUGAUGAGCUGGAGAAGAAGCAGAAGGAGGAAAAGGCAUUAGGAGAAUCACUAGCCCAGGAGAAAACUGCUUUAAUGGAUGCCAGGGAGGCAAGUGAAGCACGAAUCCGAGAGCUAGAGGACGACAUCAAAAGCCUGGCACAGAGAGCUGUGGAAAAAGAGACAGAGUUAGAGAGAAUUAAGGAAAGAGCCAGGAGGGCGGGAGCUCUGAGAAAAGAUGAGGAGAGUGAAAGAAGGAGCCUGCAGACUAAGCUGGAACAAACAGAAAGUGAGCUCAAAAGCCUGUCAAAGGAGUUCCAGGGCCUGAGGAACUCCCUCGCCCAAAGAGACACCAGUGUCCUGCAGCUUCAAAACACCAUCACCACCCUCACCCAGAAACUCACCACAGCCCACAGGAAAGAGGCGGAAAAUGAGGCAUCUCUGAAAGAAAUGCGUAGCCUGCGUGAGCGGCUGCACAUGAGCGAACGAGCUGCUGAGGGCUUGAAGAGUGAUCUAAGCUCUAUGGUUGCCCAGAGGGAUCAGGGGCAAGCUGAACUGCAUCAGGCUCGCCUUCAGGCCGCUCAGCUCACCCUUCAGCUUGCAGAUUCCAGUCUGGCCCUGAGGGAGGGAAGAGCCCACUGGGCCCAGGAGAGGCAGAAUAUGCAGCGCUCCGCUGAGAAAGACCAUGAGCGUUUGGAGAAACUCAGCCAAGAGAUGCAGGCGAUGGAGGAGAUGCUGCAAGAGGAAAGGAUGGAGAGAGUGAAGCUGGAGGUUGAGCUUGGAAGGGAAAAAGACUGUAACCGGGUUCAGCUGAGCGAAACCCGUAGGGAGCUUCAGGAGCUAAAGGCCAGCCUGAGGGUUGCCCAAAAAGAGAAGGAGCAGCUGCUUGCAGAGAAACAGGAGUUGAUGGAGUACAUCUGUCAGCUGGAGCAGAAGAUGGGAACAGUGGCUAGCGCCAAGUGGAGCUUGGCCCCAGUUGCCUCUACAGGCCGUCCUGACAGUGUGUUAUCUGACUCGGAGGAUGAGAACCCAGAGGCUUUGCAGAUCCUCCACCCACCGAGGCCCCUGGCACACUACAGCCUAUGUGAGCAGGGCCAGCCUGACUCCUUGCUCCUUGCCACCCCUCCUCUCUCCCCCAGGGAGGUGAGCAGGAGGGAAGUGGUCAUCAACCAGCCGGCACCGCUCUCCCUUCCACACCAGGCCACCGCUGACACUCUGGCACACAGCUCUGAUUCGGAGGAGGAAUGCGAUCCACGUGAGUGUAGAAGGAACAGCUCUGGAGAGGAAACGGCUCUUUUGUUGCCCGACCCCAUGGAUACUUUUCUUAGUGGUUCAGCUGACACCUCGCUCUGGUAACCAGUGGACACCUACCCACAGCAAGUGAUCAAAAAGGGAAAGAGGGACCUUGUUGUUUCCGCAUUACUUCCUAUAACAAGCACAAAUACAGCUUAUGCUCUAUACACAGACAAAAUUUUAAUAUGCAAUUAUGUUGUUUCUGCCAUAAACCUUGUUUUUUGUCCUUUUAGAUUGCUGUGUUUUUACCCUGACUGUUUUUGCCAGCGGUGGCAGGUCAACACAAUGUUUAUGACCGACAUAAGAGUGGUGCACAGUUUGAAGCAGCAGGCUUUUAGACAUGGGCUCUGGCAUUUGAGAGUUUGCAGGCUGUAGCAGAAUGAUUUCUGUUGAAUCAUGGCUAUGUCGAGAGCUUUACGAUGGAUGUUAUGUCGUUUUUAUGGCAUUUGUGAUUAGGAGUCAUGACAGGCACUGUAAUUAUGAUGUUUUGUGCAGGCCCAGCUCCGCUGGAAAUCAUAGCAAAAUUCUCUUCCAGCAUUAAAUUCUCCACAGCAGCUUCGAACACUUUUCAUGGCGGCAUAAAGUAAUGAUACAGCAUCAUGCUAAAUUAUAUUGCAGUAAUGUAGGUCUAUGACAUCAUAUUUCUCCUCCAUUUACUCAGAACUAAGAUUUGAUUUGCACUUUCUUGUAUGCAUUAGCAGGUGAUUGUUGUCAUGCAGAUGCAGUUAAGGUGAUUUAGGGAUGCCGACGCUUAGGACGAGCUUUUGAAAUAGAAAGCUUAUUCAACAGAUUGUGCUUCAGGUCUAUUUAGAUAGAGACAACAUGCAACUUUCUACUUGAGUAACUUCACAUAAUCGUUAUUAUAAAAUUAAUGUUCAUUAGCUUUACACGGCAAAGCUGCAAUUUUUAUUUAUUAAUGAACCUGGGUUUAUUGAAAUUCACUAGCUGCUCAUUUGGGAUAUUUAGCAUCAGCCUUUAUUACAGCUAGAUUGCACAGAAAUCAUUGUGAUGCAGUUCUAAAUUUGUGCCUAAAAUAAUGAAGUAGAAUCAUCUUUAUAGAUCCUGACAUCAGAAUCAUGGUGUUGAUACUUUCCCCCAGCCCUAUGGUAAUAUACUGCCUAAUAAAAGAAAUGCUGCCUACGUUUUAAUCAAUACUAUAUGCAUUUUUCAUGAUUUUCUAUUUAUAAUUAAUUUGAGUUAUGCUGCAAUUAAACUAUAUUCAGGUUUAGUUUGAAACAGGUGUACAGUUUUCACAGUUUGUGCAAUGUGUAACAAAAUUUUCCAUGCUUGGCUAAGAGAAUUUACUAGAUACCUUGAUGCUUGAUUUUAUCUGCUGUAUUUGCACCCUAUUUUUACUAGAGAAGAGUUUUUAGAUGAAAAGUUGAUAUUGAUACUCACCAAUAUGCCAUCUGUGUCCUUCAUCAUUGUUAUCAUAACCAUUACCCACGUGUGUUGUGUUUACUCACGUUUUAUCUCUCUUUUCUAUUUUUACUUUAUGUUUUCAAAUACUCUAAUGGGUUGUUUUAAGGUUAUGUUGUUGCAAGGUAUUGGUGCUAAUGGAAGGGAGUGAUGCCAACAUCGUAUGGUAAAGGUAGAUGUAAAAAAAAAAACAUAUGGAAGGAACUGAUCCUAAUGUUUAAGUUUAUUAAAUUAGGAGUGAAAGAAGUAAACGACUUUCCGACGCCUCAUUUACCUUGUGUUACACUACAUAUGUGGAUGGUUGGAAGGUUUUAAGGAGCCCUGUGUUCUUUCCCAGAAGAUGGCACACUAAACGUAUUCUCAGUAGUCCUUGUUUGUAGUUGUAAUCUGACUUUAUGUCUCAAUGAAGUUAUCUUUUUGUUGUUCCACUGAGAGCUCCAGUACGAGUGCUCCUCAUCAGGACACUGUCUCACACCGCAAUAAAACUCCAGUGGUUACGGUUUGUUUUGAACUUCUGUGUGUGAAGGUUAUCCCACAUGUACACUGUGUAUUUUCUUACCAGUCAUGUAAUGGGGGUUUGGGUGGGGUUCUGCAUAAUAAAAAGGUUUAUGUAUCCAUUA